AUGUUGCUGCUGCAAAGGCUCGUGUGCGGAACGGGAGAACUGCAUUCCAGGGCUCGCUCCACAGGCCAAGGCAAGAUCUCCCACCCCACGGCCCACACACCCAUUUUCCACUUCAUUCCAGCUCAUCUUUCCCACGCGGAAUCUGGAAAGGUCCACAGCAUUCACAAGCAUACACUGAACCAAUCGGCAUCCAACUUUGGCCCUCCACAUUCUCGCCCAACCAUCAUAACACCUUCAUCCACGGCCCACGGCCACACACGCCCAUGCCACUUCAUUUUCCACCACCCGCACGGCCCACGACCAUCCCAUGCCACCAUCCAGGCCACAGGCCCGGCACGGCCCACACAACCCAUGCCACUUCAUCCAGGCCCCACGCCCGGCACGGCCCAUUACAUCACCAUACCACUUUCCAUUUCCAGGCCCACGCCCGGCCGGCCGCAACACACCCAUUCCACUCAUCCAGCCCACGCCCGGCACGCCCUACACACCCAGGCCACUCAUUUUUCCAGCCCUUUUAAACCGCGCAGCGGGGCCGCACACACCCAUGCCACUCAUCCAGCCACGCCCGGCACGGGGGCCCACACACCCAUGGCACUCAUUUCCAGGACCCACGGCCCGCACGGCCCACACGACCAAUUGGGCCACUCAAUCCAGCCCACGCCCGGCACGCCCAUACACACCCAUGCCACUCAUCCCAGCCCACACCCGCACGGCCCACCGAAACCCCAAGCCAUUUCAAGGGCCGCCCCAACGGCAGCCACGCUGAACCCUCGACCCCCCUGCAACGAGGAGACCCCGCCGCCUCACCGCCCCAGACCUCUCGAAACGGCCCCCCCUCUUGGUGAUCCCGACACAAGGCGAGGGGCGACCUGUUAG